AUGUGCAGAAAGGAGCCGAUACCAAGGACUGGAAUUUACACCCCCAUCAUUUCUGCGGGCAUGGCUCUGGGCCAGUUGAUAAUGGACAUGGCGCCCGCCGAACACCCGGCUUCCAUGUUGCAAAUAUUUCUCCACCUUGAAAUGUUUACGCUCAGCAAAGAUUGGAAUGACCAGCAGUCUUCGCUCACUGGUGUUCGAAUCGAAAUCAGCUCAAGGUGCUCGUCUGUGCUCCAGGUCUCAGGUCUUGCUCCGCGCCUUUUGUCAUUUACUCAGAGAACCUGUCAAAAGCAGCCUCAACCAAUCAGAGCGCUUGGUGAGCUGUCUGAUACUGAUUACAGCGAUUCAUCAUGUCAGACGCUCCCUGCCACCACAUGUUUGUUUUGAUCUCUUCCUCUCCUGCACAGUGACAGUGAAAGAUGAGGGAGCAUGUGGCCGGACCGGCACUGUGCCAUGGAAACCAGCAACACAAGCUGCAGCUUCGGGUCCCAGCACAGAGCUCUGCGGGCUGGCCACAGCCCCACUUCGGAGCUCCAUGUCAGGGCUGGGAAAAAAAAGGAAGCCCAGAGAGGAACAGGGGAGAUUAGGCCGGCUGGCUAAUUGCAGAGCAAAAGUGUAA